UAUGGGAAUAGAUUCUUUAUUAAAAGUUCUCAAAUCUGUCACAAAACCUAGACAUAUUUCUGAAUAUUCAAAUAAGAAAAUAGCUGUUGAUACAUAUUGUUGGUAAUUCUAGAAUAAUAACUUAGGUUACAUAAAGGAAUAUUUUUAUGUGCUUAAGAAUUAUCAGAUGGCAGAGAAACUAAUGAGCAUAUAAAUUAUUGCUUAAAGAAAGUAGAAUAGCUUAAAAAAUAUAAUAUUACUGUAGUUAUGGUAUUUGAUGGAGCAAAAUUGCCAAGCAAAAAAUGUACAGAAGAAGAGCGGGAAAAGUAAAAUAAAUAUAUAUAAUUUAGAAAGAGGAAUGAUAACCUUUAAAGACAUUUAGAAUUAAAAUAACAAGGCGAGAAAGAGAGAGCAUAUUAAAAAUUAGUAGAAUCAAUAGAUGUUACUCCUUAGAUGGCAUCUAAAUUAUUGGAAGCUUUGAGAAUCAGAAAUAUUGAAUGUAUAGUAGCUCCAUAUGAAGCAGAUGCAUAAUUAGCAUAUCUAUCCUUAACAGAAUAUGUUGAUGUGAUAAUAACUGAAGAUUCGGAUCUAAUUGCUUAUGGAGCUAAAAAAGUACUUUAUAAAUUAGAUAAAUUUGGUUAUGGAGAAGAAAUCGAUUAUGAUACUAUUUAAACUUGUAGUGAAUAUAAUUUUUAGAAUUGGCAUCAUUAAAAAUUUCUUACUUUUUGUAUUUUAUCAGGAUGCGAUUAUUUGGGUUCAAUAAAUGGUAUAGGAAUAAAAAAAGCAUAUUAAAUAGUAGCAACAUCAUAAAAUUAUAGAUAAGCAAUUGAUAAUCUUUCAAAAAAGUAAAAAGGAUCUGUUCCUUUUGAUUAUAUUGAAUAAUUUGAGAAAGCAUAUCUAACCUUUCUAUUCUAGAGAGUAUUUUGUCCAGUUUAAAGAAAAAUGGUAACAAUUCAUACAUUUGAUACAGAUCUCUUGUAUCCAUAAAUGAAAUCACUUUUAGAAGGAAAUCUUGAUUUUUUGGGUAAUGUUUACACAGAUACAUUGAUAUAAGAUAUAGCUGAUGGUAAAAUAUGUCCAUAAGAUUUAAAACCAUAUUCUUAAUCAUCAAAGAAUUUAAAGUAAUAAAAUAUAGAUAAUAAAUAAAUAAAUAAUAAUGAUUAACUUGAAUUACCAAUAUAUGGAAAGGAUAAAACUGUUUAAGUUUUUAAAUUUAUUAAAAAAUCAUAAUCUACUAAAAUAAAUCCAGAAGAAUCUUUUGAAAGAUCAGGAGAAAAAGUAUCUAAUUAUUCUUAAGUUGGUAAUUCAAAAUCUACAGAAAACAAUGAUAAAAUUUUGAUUAAUAACUAAUAACAUUUUGAAUAAAGUAAUUUAUUUUCAAGCCAACAAGAAACACUUAAAUAAAAAUAAUUAAUUAAUAAUAAUAUUGUGGUCAAUUAAGUUAAAAAGAAAAAUUCUAAAAUUAUAAUAAAACAUGAAUAGAAAAAAAUUAAUUAAUAUUUCUAACCUUCUUUUAAACCAUACAAGCCACCCUCUUUUUCUUUGGUUUAGAAAUAAAAUGAAAUCUCAUAAUAAAUCAAUAUUAUUGAAGAGGAAAUUUAAAGAGUCGAUUAAAAUAUAGAUUUAUAAGUAGAUGAAGAAUUUCAAUAAUAUAGUAUCUCUGAAGAGUUUUCUGACCAUUUUAAAAAAAAAUUUUAUUACACUGACUUUGGUCUUUUCUUAAAUCAAGAACUCUAAUUCAAAUAAAUUUAGUUUUGA